CGUAAAUAAUUAAUGCUCUAAAGCUGAAAUAAUAUCUGCAUUUCAAAAUGGCCUCUGAUGACAUAAAGGAGAAUUCUGAAGUUAAAGAAUCUAGUAAUACUAAUAGUGUAGAACCACUUCCGCCACAGGCCACGGAGUCGCCUCCUAUAAUCGAUUUGGAACUCCCUUCAAAUAUUACCGCAAAUUCUUUAGGAGAAAGCGAAGAAUCUGAUGAAGAUAAAGAUGAAACAGGAAGUGUAAUAAGCACGGCGACGACUACUACAUCGCGUAGUAAAUCGCCCAAUAACAGGAAGAAUUCAAAACCACGAAAAAAGUCGAAAAAAACAGUAAAACCACUUUACAAAUAUAUUUGUCAUCUGCGCGAGGAUCACGGACAACCCUUAUUCGGUGCACAGUUCAAUCAGCAUCUUAUCAAGGAGCAGGCAAUUUUCGCAUCAGUGGGAAAGGAUCGUAUAUCAAUUUAUGAGUGCCCACGAGAAAACGAGCAAGGUGACAACAAUGUAACUGGAAUAAAGUUGCUCCAGUGCUAUGCGGAUCCUGAUCCCGACGAGAAUUUUUAUACAUGCGCCUGGUCGUACGAUCCUGAGAACGACGAUCCAAUACUUGCAGCCGCUGGAUAUCGAGGAGUUAUACGCAUUUUCAAUCCAUCGAAACAUAUUUGCACUAAGCACUAUAUUGGUCAUGGGCAUGCGAUAAAUGAGUUAAAAUUUCAUCCCAAACUGCCUCAGUUUCUAUUAUCGGGCAGUAAGGAUCACUCGCUUCGGUUAUGGAACAUUCAAACAGAUGUAUGUGUGGCUAUAUUUGGAGGUGUUGAAGGGCAUCGCGAUGAAGUGCUUUCCGUUGAUUUUGAUUUACGCGGCGAUCGGAUUAUGUCUAGUGGGAUGGAUCACUCAUUGAAAUUAUGGCGCCUUGAUAAGCCUUCGAUUAGGGAUGCUAUUGAAAAUAGUUGCACAUUUAAUAUUAGUAAAAACGCAUCACCGUUUCCAACAAUUAAAGAGCAUUUCCCUGAUUUCUCUACACGAGAUAUUCAUCGUAAUUAUGUAGACUGUGUGCAAUGGUUUGGAGACUUUGUUCUUUCCAAGUCAUGCGAGAAUUCAAUUGUAUGUUGGAAGCCUGGCAAACUCGAACAUGCUGAUGUUAAAGCUCAGGAUUCUACAACAACAAUUUUACAUCAUUUUGACUAUAAGGAAUGUGAAAUAUGGUUUGUUCGUUUUGCUUUCAAUUUUUGGCAGAAGGUUUUGGCUCUGGGUAACCAGCAGGGCAAAACUUAUGUUUGGGAGUUAGAUAAUUCAGACCCAAAUUUAACUAAAUGUAGCACAUUGGUACAUCCUAAGUGUACGAAUGCAAUUAGGCAGACGUCGUUCUCCAAAGAUGGAGCCAUUUUGAUAUGUGUUUGUGAUGAUGGCACCAUUUGGCGAUGGGAUCGUUCAAAUUAACUUUCUAUUCCAAUCUCAUAACAAAACAUUUUUCACUAAGUACAUACAUACAUAUGUUAGAUAUAAUCAUACAAAAUCUGUGAAGAGUAUAUUUUUACCCUUAUGAAUGUCAAUGUAAUUCUUAUUUAUUUUUAUAAAAAAGUAAAUCUAUAUAAAUUAUA